UAAUUUGAGAGUACUAUAAAGUUUAUAGCGCAUUUGGAAACGUUUCUGAAACGGAAACCGUAUAUUGCCUACAUCAAUUAAAUAACAAUUAGUUUUGACUUUCCGUUUGCACUUGCUAAAACCUUAUAUCAUUUCUUAGUGUCUUCACUUAGACAUCAGAAAGAAUGACAGAUCUAAAGCAAAAGGCAAACGAAGCAAUAGACACUAUCAUAAAAGAUUUGGAGACAGUCAGCAAAGACAUCUGGGAAAAUCCUGAGGAGAAUUAUGAAGAAUUCAAAGCACAUGCAAAUAUCACAGACUUUCUUGAGAAACAUGGAUUCGAAGUUGAAAGAAAUUACAUAACAAAAACGGGGUUUAGAUCGGUAUUUGGCGACAGUACAGACGGUCCACAUAUCGUAGUGAUAUGCGAGUACGACGCCUUACCUGUAAUUGGACAUGCUUGUGGACAUAACUUGAUCACAGAGGUUGGCUUAGCAGCUGGUAUAGGUAUCAGAGCCGCUCUAAAUAGCAGCGAGAAAUCGCUGGGCAAGCUCACGAUUCUUGGAACCCCUGCAGAAGAAGGCGGUGGUGGUAAAAUUGACAUGAUAGAGGCAGGAGUGUUCAAGGACGUCGACGUUGCACUGAUGGCACAUCCGGCUCCAUUCAACCAGGAUGCGUUUCAUGCUCUUGCUAUUGACCAAGUUACUGUCAAAUACCAUGGACACGCCGCUCAUGCUAGUGCAUUCCCCUGGAACGGAGUUAACGCCCUUGAUGCUGCUGUGUUAUGUUACCAGAAUGUAUCUUGCCAUAGACAACAGUUUAAACCAACAUGGAGAGUUCACGGUGUUAUCAAGAACGGUGGAACGAAACCAAAUAUUAUACCUGAUCUAACAGAAUUAGAGUUUUAUGCACGAACCCCGAGUAAAGAGGAGCUAAGUGUGUUGAUGGAAAAACUAGACUUCUGCUUUAAAAGUGCUGCAACAGCUACAGGGUGCACAGUUGAGAUUUGCUGGUCAAGAAAACCUUACUACGAUAUGAAAAACAACAAAACUAUGAGUGACGUGUAUCACAGAAAUGCUAAAGAAUUGGGUGUUGACUUUGACAAACACGGAGUCGCCCAUUACGCUGGCAAUGUUCCUACAGGAUCUACCGACAUGGGAAACGUGUCGUAUGAAGUACCAAGCAUACACCCUAUGUUUUAUAUUGGUACUGAUGCGGUCAACCACACAAAAGGUUUUGCAGUCGCUUCAGGUUCACCGGAAGCACAGUCGUAUACGAUUGCUGUCUCUAAGGCCAUUGCAGCCACUGCCAUUGAAAUCCUUCAAGACUCAAAGUUACUUGCUCAAAUAAAGGAGGAAUUUGGAAAAGUCAAAUCUUGAAGUCACCAUUUUAUAUAAUGUUUAUAUGAUACAAAUCGGCACCUUGUCUUGGCGGAACUAUUAUAUUUGUCUUAAGCAGUAAUGUCCAAAAUGCAAAGGUUGAUCAAGAAGUGAUGUCACUGCGUCCAUCCCGCAUUCUUAUCUUUAUAAUAUCAUAGAAAUUAUACUAAGAUUUACGCGUUAGAAGAUUAUUUAUCAUUUUACAGUGUUGUUUCGUUUUAGAUAAAUAAAACUUACAAUUUCACCACUCGCCACUUUUCGCCGCACGCAAAAAUAGCGGGUUUCAAACCAAACAAAGGAAAGCACCAUUUGACUUAGCACUAAUGCACCUCAAAAUGGUAAGGAUGUGAAGUAAUGUCUAACAGCAGUAAGCCGUGAAACUGUGAUAACCUCGCUAGUUCAACUUUGCUAAGCAGUUAAGGCCUGUUAUUGAUAUGAUGCUAAAAUAUUUUUGCGUCAAUAACGACAGUGACGUGCGGCGAACACCGUUACCAAGCAUGCCGAUCUCUUGAUAAAUAAGCAAAAAUGUGAUAUUUUCAGAAAACAUUACAAAUUGAUCAAAGUACUUAGGUAAUGCGUUUUCUUCUCUUUUUGUCAUUUUACACAUUGUUAUGGUUCUAAUGACAUUACCUCUGGAUCAACCCUCAUAAUAUAGAGAAAAAUUAUGUCUGUUGUUACGCAGUCAUAUAACAAGAUAUGUGUACUAAUGUACUAAUAUAUAUAUACUAGUAAUUUAAUAAAGAAAUAUUCAAUAGAAAUUUUA